AUGCCCUUGCCGCGGGCGCCAGGAUGCCUCGCGCAAAUCUUGACAAGGCAAUUUCAUUUUAGGAUAGCGCAACGAUUUCCGACUCCCCAAAUCCAGCGCCGUCUCUGUUCGUCCUGCGACAGCCCCGACCCUUCCCCAUCGAAACCCCCUGCGCCAGACCACCGGAACCUCGGCGUACAGCAGGAACUGUUUACCACGUCCAUAUACAGUCCCGGGUCGCCCAUCUUCCUCCCCAAUGGCGCGCGCAUAUUCAACCAGCUGACCGACUUCCUCCGCAAGCAAUAUAUCCGCUAUGGCUUCCAGGAAGUCAUCACGCCAACCAUCUACAAAAAGGCUCUCUGGGCCAAGUCGGGACACCUCGAAAACUACUCCGAAGACAUGUACACAGUGACCAGCACCUCGCCGUCGCGCGCCGAAAUCACCGAGGGCGGCGAGGAGUCUGAAUACGGCCUCAAGCCCAUGAACUGCCCCGGCCACUGCCUCAUCUUCGCGUCGCAAGCCAGAAGCUACCGCGACCUGCCGAUCCGGUACGCCGACUUCAGCCCGCUGCACCGGAACGAAAUCUCGGGCGCCCUAAGCGGCCUGACGCGCGUGCGCAGGUUCCACCAGGACGACGGGCACAUCUUUUGCCGGCCGUCCCAGAUCGAGGACGAGAUCCGCAAGACGCUGGACUUUGUCCGCCUUACCUAUCGCGUCUUCGGCCUCGGCCCAUACCGGUUGACGCUUUCUACGCGACCGGAACAGUACAUGGGGGCGCUCGAGGACUGGGAACAAGCUGAAAAUGCGCUUAGACGAGCGCUCGAUGCAAGCGGACAGGCAUGGACUGUCAAUGAGGGCGACGGCGCUUUUUACGGGCCCAAGAUUGACAUUGUGCUGAAGGACUCGGACGGGAAGGAGCACCAGACCGCCACCAUCCAGCUUGAUUUCCAGCUCCCCAAGAGGUUUGGCCUCGAGUAUGCCACACCAGCCCCCGAGGUUGAAAGGCGGGGCGAAACCACAACGGACCCCGAGCUGCUCGCCGAAUUCGGGCUCGUCCGGCCGGUGCUUAUUCACCGCGCCGUGCUUGGCUCGGUGGAGCGGUUGAUGGCGCUGUUGAUCGAGCACUACAACGGGAAGUGGCCGUUUUGGCUCAACCCCAGGCAGGCUAUCAUUCUUACGCUGAACGACUCGGAGCCUGUUGUGAACUGGGCGCGACACACGCGCGAUGUGCUGCUUGGUUUGUCCACGUCGUCGCCCGAUGAGCCAGCCUCCCCAACCAACUUUGUCGUCGACUUUGACGAUAGCGCCCGCGGCUUAGCGGCGAAGGUGCGUGAGGCCACCUCCAAGGGGUAUAGCCUGAUCGUCGUUGUCGGCCCAAAGGACGUUGAAAAGGGGGUCGUCUCUGUCAAUGCAAGCGCCUUGGCCGGGGCCAAUGCCAAGCUCCUGAAGCAGAUGAGCUUCACACCAGAGGAGCUCCGCGGGUAUAUGCACGCCAUGGACCUCACUGACCCCUCCGAUCCCCCACCCGAGCACAUCGCCGCAGCCCGAGCUCACGGCAUACCUAUCCGCCAGAGCGCGCCCAUCAAACGGGGCCCCUUACCGCUCGAGCUGCCCAUCCUAUCCUAUCUGCGCUCCAAGCGCGUGAUUUUAGCGAGCGCGUCGCCGCGAAGAAAAGCCCUCCUAGCACAAAUCGGUCUCCCCAACCUCGAGAUCAUCCCCUCCACCGAACCCGAAGACCUCGACAAGAAGCAGCUCUCGGCCGAAGAAUACGUCUUAGCCACCGCCAGGCGUAAGUGCCUGGCCGUGUACCAAGCCGCGCUCUCCUCCGACGACAAUACCACCACACAACAAGAUCAAAAAGAACAAGAAGACCCGGCCGUGGUGAUAGCAGCCGACACCAUCAUAUCGACCAAAUCCGGGCAGAUCCUCGAAAAGCCGCGGUCCGAGGCGGAGCACGUGCGCAUGCUCAAGCACCUGCGGGACACGCGAGAGCACCGCGUGCUGACGGCCGUGUGCGUGCUGGCACCAAAAGCCGACGCCAGCCACCCGGGCUACGAGCUGGCCUCCCACGUCGAGGAGACACGCGUCACGUUUGCCGAGGAGCGCGACGGCCUCCCCGACGACGUCAUCGAGAGCUACGUGCGCACCCGUGAGGGGGUCGACAAGGCUGGUGGGUAUGCAAUUCAGGGGAUUGGGGGUAUGCUCCUUGUGGAAAGGGUCGCGGGGGCGGUGGAUAAUGUUAUUGGGCUGCCGGUUAGAAAGUGUCUGCAGCUGUGUGAGAAGGUGGUGUUUAGGCAGGGUAUGGAGGAGGAGGAGGUCGGGAGUGAUGUGGAUUGA